GUAAUGAUGUCAUAGUUCAGAAGCCGACUUUUCCCGUGGAAGCUCACACAAGGCGGCUGGUCCGUCUUGUUUUCCCCCCCAAAGGAAUAUACCUCCCUAGAUUUGUAGACUUUCCCCAAAUAUUUUGUGUAACCCUUUUUCGCCGCCAUCACGAUUGAUCACGAGAAGAAUCAUCUUUUGCCGCGUCUACAGCUACUGUCGCCACCACGAUCGAGUGUCCUAGGUCCCAGAAAACAUGCCGCCAAGUCCCGUGGAAGAGCUGGCUCUCUUGGAUUUGGACAGAUCCAACAAAGGAGCAUCCAAGCAGCGGCGGGAUCAAAUAAAUGCUGAGAUAGCCACCAUGAGAGACCUCCUUCCUCUGGCUGAGUCCGCCCGUCAGCGGCUUUCGCAGUUGCAGAUAAUGUCGCUGUCUUGCGUCUACAUCAGGAAAUGCAACGUCUUGCAGAAACUUUUCAGAUCUGCUGCUACCAACAAAGACAUCCCAAACACUUGUGACUUUUUUCAGGCGCUGACGGGAUUUUUGUUGAUAACCACUCGAGAGGGGAAGUUGGUUUACAUUUCGGAAAAUGUCACAGACUACCUGGGACACUCGAUGGUGGACAUGAAGACUCAAGGCGACAGUCUGUACGACAUAGUGGACAAGCGCGAUCACGGCACUGUGCAGGCACAGCUGCUGCAAGGCGGGGCGGACUUGGAUGUCACGCGGGACGUGGCCUUCUUCUGUCGCAUGAACAUGUCUCGCACUCUCAAGCGCCAGUCAGGCUUUGGAGACGUUAAGGUUAUACAUGUGCGGGGUCACUUCAUUCCACUUUCGGACCCCGACACUGACAGCAGCGACCAGCAGCAACAGCAACAACAGCAGAAAUAUGUCUUCAUGGCGACCUGCUCUCCUCUCAUCACACCAGAGAUGAAGGAGAACCUGGUGCAGAGCAACACCAUGGUCUUCAAGACCGUGCACCAGCUUGACAUGACUUUUCUGGAGGUCACAAAAACAGCCGAAUACCACCUUGGAUGCUCCACAGAGGAGAUUUGCAGAAAAUCUUGGUACUCCAUGCUGCAUCCAGAGGACAUUCAUAACGCCCGCGAGAAACACAUCCUUCUCAUCCGGUCCAGUCACGAGAUGGGAUGUAUGAUCACAGUACGCAUGCUCAAUGCAGAUGGUAAUGUGUUCUGGGUCAACAUCGUCAUGCAUGUUCGUCAGGCCACGGCAUCAAGCCAGAGUGACGAACCUGUCAUUGUUUGCAUCAACCAAGUUAUUAGCGAAGAAGAGGCGUUCCAGAUAAAAGUUCAAAGUCACAUGUUCACUCUUUACCCACCUCGCUCGGGCGACAUGUGGGCAGCCGGUCUGCCUACUGCUCAAACCCCUGGCCACCACCACCCCCAGACUGAACAUGGGACGCGCUGGAUACCCGCCACCUGUAGUAGCACGCCUCCAAGUUCUAGCAGCAACUAUCAGACACCUGCCGUGUCGUAUUAUGGAGGUGGACAGCAGCACCCUACCCCACCGGCCUGUACCUACCCUUCUGUCCCUGACCGCAGUACAGGGUAUCAAGUGGCUGCCACGCAAGGAACAGUGGCCAGUCAUGGACAGACUGAGAAGCUGAAAAUGAUGCUAAAGCGCAAGAUCCAAGGCCCCUGUCGACCGGCCAAGGUGCCCAAGCUAGCGUGGAACGAACACAACGAAGGCGGUAACGGAGGACACGGAUUUGAGUUUGCCGCCACUGGAGAGGCGAUGCACUCACCCAAUUCUGCUUCCUCGUUUCUCGAAGGAGGAGCGAACAGCGGUCAUUUUAACUGGUCAGAUUCCACCCAGGUGCUUUCACAAGCUCAUUACCGUGUGGUUCACGCUUUGCCCACCUCCAUGCAUCAGCACAAAGUCAAAUCUUUUCUGGGCCCAGCAUCAAACUCAUGCCCUCAGGCCAUCUCCCCGCCACUUUCCACGUCGGGUGCUUGUACCAUGACCGAACAGGUUGUACCCGAAAGUAAUGGGGUAUCUUUGCCAGAGUCUUACCUUACUCCGGAUCCAUCCCCGGCUUCUUCACCAGAACCACACAUUCCUGGAAUCACGAACCAGGUCAAAUCGGAAAUCGUGAACUACCAUGCAGCCACCACGUCUGCUGCCAUUCUGCAGAAGCUAGAGAAACUGGCCUCCCUAAGCCAUGCUGAGACCUCCACCAGUCCUGCUACUGCCAACGCUGCUAACCCUGCGUCACCUGCAGUGCUACGUACGUUGGCCACGCCAGACUUGGCUGUCAGAAAGGUGAAGGAAGAGGUGCAAACCCGUCGCAAUGCAUGCAUUCAGCGAGAACUUCCUCUCAUGACUUCUUUCGACAUCGAGUCAUUCUUCGACACGCUCGACGCCCCUGAGAAGAGGCUAAUUAGCAUGCACGCUUCGCUUUUUGAGGACAAACGGGAACGCCAGGCCUUCAAUAUCAAGAAUACCAAAUCGACAGCAACGCCUUCAGUCAAACAGGAGCAUUUGCAAGCAGUUACACAGUUUGAACACCAACCGUCUACUGACUCCUUGUUUCCAAGGCGAGAGUCUCAAAGUCGCCAGAAGAAUGUCAAGCCAUUCCAGCAGAAUGACAUGGAUGCGGCAGAACUUGAAGAACUGCUGAGCUUCUUCUCCAGCGACAUGAAUGCGACCCAGCUUGACCUCAGUGACGUGCUGAUCACGUCAUCCCAUAGCAACAGCGUAGGAGGGACAUCAGCCGAAGGAGGCGUUGCACUGGUUCAUUGCGUUAAAGAAUAUUCGGACAGCCUUCAGCAGACUGGACCACCCUGCGGUGCAGGUCACCUGGGUAACUAUCUGCUACACUCUGCCUGUCUCGAAAGACCGCCGGAAGACUUCAGUCCGAUGUCCACCACUGACGUCCCCAGCGAUGCCAGCAGCGACAUGUCCGGUGAUGAGGAGAAUGAUGCGGAAGACCUCGCAGGCGAAUCUCUCAAUCUACUCCUACAACCAUCACUCGGGCAGCUGCACAACUCACGCUGCAAGCAAGAUCGAAGUUCGGCCGCACAGGGUCAAGAAGAGCAAGAGCAGGCUGGCCUCGCUCUCAGCUGUCUGCCCGGUGGCGGCCGCUACCCUCAUAGCUACAGUUCCCGGGAAGUGCCUGGGCUCAGCGAAGAGGAUGAGUUGUAUCAACUCGAUAGCCUUUUCUCGUCGCUUGUGCCUACCAGUGGCACGUUGCUUCUGUCUGAAGAAACCCAGUAGGCCGUAGUGUAAGCACGCUUGGCUGCGAGCAAGCUUACAGCAAUCAAGUGUAUGGCAUAUUGCCAUCUGUGGACGGCCGUGGAUGCACUAGGCUGCAGGCAGCCUCUGUCUCCAGCCGUCCCCUUCAUGUACCUGCGGGCCGGGUUUCUUCUUGAUGCCAGAUCAACUAACUGCCACCUCAUCGACAACCUGAGGCGCCGCUGUAUUCGGCCAAUCGUCGUCAUCUCUGUCUCUCUCUUACAGUAUGUCUGCCUGAUGUUUCUACUUCUGUUAUGUACAUCAUCGUCAAGCCGAACAUCGUUUGCCUGGGCGCCACAGGCGUGACAGCGUUGCCAUGACUACUCUAUGAGAGCGAGUGGUAUCCCUUCAGUAGUACCCUCUUGCCCUCAUACCCCUGUGCCUGGUGUUUGCCAGGCUCUGCUGCUGGUCGAUUCCUUGUACGGUUUAUACUUGCAUGCAUAUGAAGUGGAAACAGGUGAACAAUUGGCAUUUGAAGGGGAGAAAAAAACCCUUCAUGAUCCGACAUUGGUUUAAUACAGCUUGAGAUGCUACAACAAAUUUCGCUGGAUUUGGUUUUAAGUUUAUGCUUUUUAUACUCUGACGUUGCUGCAGGACAGUUGUAUGACGUCAUCUAACAGUUGGUUUAUCGCAUUUACCUCCAUUGUGGCAUGUUUUGUCCUUAUUUGCAUACAUACUCUGGCUUAUGUGAAGCAGUAGAGAUUCUAUUUGUUGUGCUGCCUAACAUAACAGUUCGUGAGAUUUUUUUCUGAAAAUGGUUCAUGUGAGCUCGUACAUUCCACUGGUUAGUGCUUAAAGUUUUUCCUAUGUUUCUUCAGUGUUUUCUGUAACAGAGACCACAAAUAACAUACAAGAAUUUUUAUGGGCUGGCUACCAAUGUUGUAGUUAGUUUUUCAAAUGUUUAAAUACUUACAUAAAUCUGCCUUAUAUUUCAUAAUUUUUUAUCAUAAAAUGAUUAUGAUACAAAACUUCCAGGAUGGUAUAAUAAAACCCAUGUUAAUUUCUGGCAUUUAUAUGGUGUUUUAUUUCCUUUAUUAGCCAUGAUUCUGGCAUCCUGGAGUUCUGCCAUUUAAGUAAUACUAAAUUAAUGAAAAUUCGUUCCUGUAUAAUAAAGGGCUUUUACCAUUUUUACCCAUUACUGUUACUGCUAGUUCUUUGUCUUGUUGUCAGGUUUACAUGCUCAGAUUGAUAUCAUUGUCUUGCUUACCAGGAACUUUUAAGUGUACUCUCUUGAGCUGGUUGCCAUGCAGUUGCAUCCGAAUGGUGUCAGAUCCUCGACACGGCCGGUCCGUUCGAGGGUUAAACACCUGUUGUGCCUUUGAUAUUGUUGUUAUUUCUGCAACUAUUGUCUUUGAUCUUUUGCACAUUCGGGGGAAAAUGGCAUAGGAAGACGUGAUAAUAAAUUUGAAAUGCUUGUUUUGGACUAUAAUACGAUUGUUAUUGUGAACAGCCAUAGUUUUUGAGCCAGCAAUUGAAUUACUAGAAAUUUACUCGGGCCUUGGAUGAGUUUGAUAAGCGUUUAUAUCUCUCUUCCAUUCAUAGUUGUGCUCCUAAAGUGUAGUGACUAGAAAAGGUUAUACGAGUGCAUUGCAAUGCACCCAUUAAAUGUACUUCUGGUGACUCCACGUGAGCUUCUCGUUACGACCGAAAAAAAAAAAAAAAAAUUUGUCGAUAACGAAACAAAUUGGCUUGAUGAUGUUAGUGAAAUUGAGAAAAGAGACGAUAACGUCUCAUUCACGUGGCUGUAGUUUUUUUUUUCCAGGCCGUUAUCAAUUGAGAAAUGAAUCGGCAUCCUAACCCGUACUUGAUAAACUUGUAGCUCUUUUUUUAAAGCUUUAAUACAACAUUUUCUCUAAACUGGGGAGGUGGGAGGGGUUUUGUGGCUGGACGAUACAGACUUUCGCAAGAUUGGAUAAGACUUGAACCCUGAUGCUUGCGCUUUAGCUCCUUUCAGCGGUGGCUAGAGGCAAAAUCUGUUCUUGCUUAAGUGCUUCAGGGAAACGUUUCUUAAAUCUUUGCCUGGAAUUAUUUUGUCCACAUAUAUCAGAUGUACUACGCUUAGAAUUACCUUUUUUUUUCGUUUUCUUCUUAAAGUUGCGAUGAAUGGAAAGUUAAACUAGCAUUACUUUUUCUGCUUAAUGUGUAAUAAAUUUGAAUAUUUGGUGUCUCAAAUUUCUUGAAAUUUUUCGUUUGCAAGUAUCAGUGUCCUGUUUGUACUGAUUGUCACGAAGAAUAAAAUAAACUGUCGUCACUAGC